AGAGCUCGCAGAACGCCUUCGUCGAGAAGAGAAGAGAAGAGAAGAGACGAGCGGCACCGACUGCUGCUGCUGCUGACAGACUGAUCGCCCAGCGGAGGGACGACGGGGACGACGGGGGACAAGCGAUGGAGCAAGCGAGCGCGUCACGAGGACGGCUGGGCUCGAUGCGCCGGAGCGUGCAGGCGCGGCGUGGUUUAGGUUCAUGAGGAGUGCGAGCUGCGCGGGCUGCGGGACGAGGGCCAGGCAGGAAUUGGGGGCCGGCUUUGGGGCUGGAAUGGGCGACGACGAGGGGACGAGGUUUUGCGGAUUGGAGUCGUAGAGAGAGAGUGAGCGAGUAGCUAGACAGCGGAAUUGGAGUCGGAUCCGAGCGAUGGCGCCUGAGUCUCCAUCGAGGCGCUGGGACGAGCACGAGGAGAGAGGGGACUCGAGGCGCUCGCCGGCUUUGAAUCUGAACCAGUCGUUCGUGAAGGAGGAGGAUCCGGAGGAUGAGAGGAAUGGGCAUUCCCGUUUCAGGGAGGCGGCGAGCGAAGGGAACGUCGGGGGCGAUGCGGUGAUGGACGAGGUCGAGGACGAGGACGCGCAUCGGGGUCGAAGAUCGAGGCGCAAUCGGGCUGUGGACACCGGGCUGGACUUGAAUGUCGGUCACCCUUCACCCCCUCAGCCUCCCGGUGCGAGGCGGAGCCCUAGGCCGAAGGGAUUCUCGUCUCCUCUCCACCCGUCGGGUCGGCGAGGGCGAUCUCCUCCUCCUUCCAAAAGGAGAUCCGGCAGCCCCCCUCCUCCCACCAGGAGCAGGAGGUCGCAGACUCCUCCUUCUCACGAGAGGAAAUCUGCGCCUGUUGUCGCCAGGAGGAGGUCCGUGACUCCACCACCACCACCUCCUCCUCCUCCUGCUGCUGCCGCCGCGUCUGCUUCUGCUGCCCCUUCCAGGAGAAGAUCCGGGUCUCCACCUCCUCCCGGAUCGUCGAGGAGAAGAUCGGUAACUCCAUCGCGUGCUGUGUCUGCGAGAAAGAGAUCUGCGACUCCGCCUUCAGGCCCCUCAAGCAGGAGGAGAUCCAUCAGCCCGCCGGUGGGCGGAGCUAGACGAAGGUCGGGGAGCCCACCACCUCAGGCCGCGACCAUUAAGAGGAAGUCGCCCUCCGUUCCGUCGCGGAGAAGGUCUGCAACUCCGCCUCAUGUCCACACGAGGAAACGAUCGGCGUCACCCGCCGAGCAGCACGCGCUGUCCUCCAGAGCGAGGUCAAUUGAUCAACGAGCUCCAUCUCCUCCACCUCACAGAGCUCGAUCACCAGGAGCUGCCAGGAAGCGCUCCCCUCCUCCUCCGGAAAAGAGACGAUCUCUGACACCAAUCAGAAGACGCUCUUCUCCGGUCGAAGCAGUUUCCAGGAAGGGAGAUCAUCGAUCUUCGAGGUCUCCUGGGCGGGCACCUUCAACUGAAGGCGUCGUGAAAAAGAGGGACCAUCGUUCCUCGAGGUCUCCUGUCCGCGCCCACAGGGAGCGAUCUCGUACCAGAACGCCACCUCCACGAAGGACUCGGUCUCCUCCUCCUCGUAGAAGUCGAUCACCUCUUUCACGACGACGAUCUCCUCGACGGUCUCCUCGACGAGAUCGGUCUCCAGCUGGAAGGGGUUAUUCGCCGAGGAGGAGGUCAUCUCCGGGUAGAUCCCGUGGCAGCCGGAGACGGUCACCUGGACGGAGACCAUGGUCGCCCCCUCAAAACCGCAGCAAUGGUGUUGGAAAGCCUGGAAACAAUCUGUUCAUUGCGGGUUUCAAUUUCAUCACCACUGAAAGGGAUUUGGAGAGAAAGUUUUCGAGAUACGGAAGAGUGAUGGAUGUCCGUAUCGUGCGAGACAAGAGUUGCAGAUCCGGGGAAUCUCGAGGAUUCGGAUUUUUAACCUUGGAGCGAGAUGAAGAUGCAGACGCAGCAAUCAAAUCUCUAGAUCAAACAGAAUGGAACGGUCGUAUUGUUUUGGUUGAGAAAGCCAAGACCCCUACGAGAUUCUGAGCCGUCCAUGAGAUUUUCCAGUAUUUGAAGGCACUCGUGACUUCAAUGGACGCUGGUAAGCUAUUAAAUGAGACCGUCUAGCAGCAACAGUUUGUCUACGGACUCCUUUGUGGGUCUUAGACCCGUCAUUCUGCAUUUGGCAGUAAUUCAAAGCCUAGGAGUUUCCUCAUGUUUGUGGCAAUGACGUACGAAGUGCUACUCCUCCCUCCACAAUUUGAAUUGUGGAUGAACGGCAAGUACCUGACGAUUCUGGUCUUGGUUUUAUAUCUUGUCGCAUUCAGUGUUCAUAUCUCCAUUGUUGUUUAACAACCCGGUUGGUAUUCCGGUUGGCCUCUGCUAGUUCCUUGAGGCAGUUGGCUUGGAUUGAACUGGAUGGUCAAGCAGAAGCAUGUUCAGUAGAAGAGAACAAUAGAAUCCCGCGUUUGGAAUUCAGAGGAAUUUUCUGUAUAGAGUAUGUAUGGUAGCAGGUGGAAGGCUUCAGUGAUUGGAUCAAAAUAAAAGUCUAAUGGCGAGUUGAAGAUUGAAUGAUGACAUUGUUUGCAUGCAAUCCUCUUACAGGGUUGCUCAAGGGCUCAAUUCCAGAGUUCGGUACCUUACCCAUUUGCUCCCCGGGGUUCAGUUGUACCAAUGUACCUAGGCUUUGUUCGUGGCAUCUACGUCUUGAGUUAUUCUGGGCGGUUUUGAAUUGUGCACGGAACACACAUCCCCACCAGUAAUGGCCUAGAUCAAUUGCUGGGGUGCCGCUAUCAAUGGGAUCUGAGCUAUCAAUUCAGUACGCUAAGGUGCCCUUUGUUUGCUCUCGAAUGGAACCUGGAUGCACACACCAAUUAAGUUGGAAUGGCAUCGGAAAUCGUACACGCUCCAGCACACCUUUCAAAUUCUUUGGGUUGGUAUCAGGUGUACAAGCUCCAGUACACCGCUCAAAUUUUUCUCACUGGACCAAUAAUGUACAAGUUCCAGUACACAUUGACCCAAAACGUCAAUAUGAGGCAAGUCUCACCUAUCGAUAGCUUGGUUGUGCCUUCUUAAAUACUUCUGUCAGAUUUCUUUGUAUGAACUUCUGCAGACUAUAUUCGGCACUUUAUUUGUUUCUUCUCCAGGUGAGUGGUCCUCAUCCCUCGGUUCAGGUGACAUUUGGUACAACUUAUUUGUGCUUGUGAUGAUUCUUGCAUGACUUAUCAAAGACAGGAGGUGUGUAGGUGCGAGUAUGGAUUUCAUUUUGCUUUGUGAAGUUUGUUAGAGGCUACUAUAGGCUUAGAAAUUAUACAACAAGUGAGGUUUCAGUAUGCACGUGUAAUCCAAUAACGAAAACAACACUUGACUCGGAGAUAUACAAGAUUAGUGGCUUUUCGUCGCUUCAAGCAAGAUGAAUACAUCCAGUUUCAUCUCAAGGUUAGAAAGAUUGCGAUGGGUGGUAUGUAUGGUGGGGCUGCCUGAUUUGGUCUUCAAUCGUUAUCAUUGACCCAAGCAAAGUUCUUGAGUAGUAGUUGUCAGGAUAAAUCAUCAAGGUCUGGAAGCGUCGGCAUCGGGUCCUGCUGUAUGUCUGCCAAGAAAAGUUGAUUAUCUCGCCCUUAACAUUAGGGUGAGUUACAUGUAGAGCUCGCGUCGCCUAGUAAUUGAAGUUGGAUAUUUAGGGUGACGUCAAGUUUGAGGUUUACACUCUUCGGAUCAUGGGUGAGGAACUGAAGACUGAAGAUAAGCAGUAGGGCAUAAGCGUUUAGCUAUGCGGUGGCAAGUGAUUAUUUCGUUAUCCAUUUGGGGCCGCAUCAUGACGACGGGCUGUCGACGGUUGUACGAUCAGACUGUCGAUCAUACGGAUGUACUGACAUUCAACUUACUAGAUAUCUAUAGACGACUUUCUUAAGAAUAAGAAAGAGUUUUGUCAGAGAGAGCUGAAUAUGGAUAUGAGUUAAGGUGAUCAAGCCGCUCCUGUCUUACCUGUUCUGUCAACAGUUAAUUUGAUUGUGGCCUUGUCUAUUCAUGUGUGUGCAUCUUUUCUUGUUGAGUGUUUAUGGGCAAAAUGUGUCAGUUGUAAAUCAUGUGUUGACUGUCAAGCAAACGGGAUCUCAAAACAGGUUGAAAGUGAAGGAUGUAAACUGCUUGGAGCUCUGCUGCAAAUCUGCAAUUUGUUAGUUUGCUGUAUCGACAUGCAAUACCUGGUUUUUAUCACGAGAAGAUUUCAUGAUUUUGCUGCAUAUGGAUAGUAGAAGGAAGUGUAUAUUUCAACUAGCUAGUUUUCCCUUAGUAGUUUCACCAGAACAUUUACCUCAAAUCUACCUGUAAAGUCGUAUGAGUCGUAUGUGUCUGAGGGAUUUGUGUGAAAGCUUUAUGAAGAUGCCCACCUCCAGAUUAUUCAUCAGUGGCAGUAUUUCUGUUUUUUUUUGAAAGGGCUCGAUUCAUUUUAGGGCACGAUUAAUUUUAUUGUAUUUUACUAACGAAAAGAAACCAUUCUUUCACGUUAUUCAGGUUCUAGAUUUAUUCUCGGUAUCAUAUGAAGGGCGUCCAUUGGACCCGUUCUGAUACUUAGUAUAUGGAAGAUAAGCUAGUUGAAACGAUUGCAAUACGUGGGAACUAAGUUGUUGACCACCUGAUCGUGCAUAAAGUUUUCCUCCCCUCGAUCGCAAUAUCUGUGUACAGCAAUAGACACGCUUGAGUAUUUCUGCAUCGAUACUUGAAGAUUACACAGCCCGAGCAAUUUGAUAGUCUUGCCUUCAAGCCGAUGAAAACUGCUUUUUUGCGUAUUUUACUGCUGAUGUAUGACAGUCAGUGCUCAGUCGUACAUAAUACAUGAGAACUGACUGGACUUCGAGUCGCAGUUCUUUCAAGAAGUGAGAAAAUUACUAGAAGGUGGUUUUGACGAACGGUUUGGGGCAAAUUGGUUAAACAAACAGUGAAGAUCGGAGAAACUAGUCGGAACGCUCAGCACAUAGUGUAGUGUACGUGGACGUCAUAAGAUUUACAGCAGAUGGACCAAAUCUCUAGCUAACGGCAAGUUUUUGGAAACUCUACUUGCUGUUUGCGAUUGUUUUAUAAAUGGAUAGUGUGUAUCCUUUGCAAGAGCAAGUACUGUUGCGUUCUUUGAAUACAGAUUUUUGGUGUCACAGUGUCAUAAUUUUUCGUGUGGUCUGCACGGUGUACACUGCUCGUGUUGAUUCUCCUCCAUCGUAUGGCACCCUCAUCCGAUCCUCGUGUGUAACUCGUCGUGUGUAUUGUCGAAUUUCACGAAGUUGUUGCGUUGUUCUGGUAGAAUAAUCGUGAAUUCUGACUUCCGCGCGAUUCAGAAGUAGUACGUGCCAUCACAACGCGAGAUUCAGUGGAGUUCUAUCGCCACUCUCUGUCUCCACGCAAAGGAGCUCUGAUUGUGAACUCGUGCUUCAAUCGAUUGAUGAGUGCGUGCAGGAAUUUGAAUUCUGCACCCGAGUCUGAUGAUAGCUGUUCUUCUUCGCGAGCUUGAGAGAGAGAAGAGAGAGAAGAUAUGAGCGCUUGCAGGAAUUUGAAAUCUGCACCCGAAUUUGAUGAUCGCUGUUAUUAUUCGCGAGCUUGAGAGAGAGAAGAGAUGAGGAUAGGAACCUAGUCGAAGGGACAUGGCAAAAUUCUGAAAAGCUAUCGAAGAGAUCAAUAAUUCUCAAUCAUUUGUCUUUCCCGAUGGCACACCACGUAACAUAUUUUGACAAGAACACUUAUUUGAAUUUUGUGCCGGUGUGCUGUCGUUGGAUGUAUACAGGGACCAAAAAGUAGCGAGUUGAUUGAAUCUGAGCGUAAAUGCGUUCAUUUUUCCGCCUAUUACAUUGCAAUAUCAUUCAACGCUAUAACACCUUCU